UCCCGUUCCGUUCCGUUAUUACCAUCGCUCGUUUCAUUUCGUCGUCUCCCUCCACUCGCGAAUCCAAUCGAAUCCAUGGGGAGCUCGUCCAACACCACCACCACCACCACGAGCGGCGGCGACAAGGACAAGGACAAGGGCAAAGGGGACUCGCCGUCCUUCAAGGAGGGCGACAGGGUCCUCGCCUACCACGGGCCCCUCCUCUACGAGGCCAAGGUUCAAAGAAUCGAAAAUCUAGAUGAUGAUUGGCGCUACUUCGUCCAUUAUCUGGGUUGGAAUAAGAACUGGGAUGAAUGGGUUGCGAAUGACCGGUUACUGAAAUUGACGGAGGAAAAUGUCCGCAAACAACAAGAGCUUGAAAAGAACCAGGUAGUUGAUAAAACAAUCAAGUCUGGACGGUCAAUGCAGCAUAAGCCGAAAGGCUCCAAUGCAGAUGCAAAAGCUGAUAAAGAUGACACUAAGAGUCUCGUCAAGGGGAAGAAACGUAAGAGUCAGCCCGGGACUGAGGAAAAGGAAAGAAGAUCAUCAGAGAGUCUCCUAGUGUCACAGUUUCCUUUGACACUGAAGAAGCAACUUGUGGAUGAUUGGGAGUUUGUCACACAGCUGGGUAAGCUUGUAAAACUACCUCGAUCACCUACCGUUGAUGAUAUUCUAAAGAAGUAUUUGGAGCACCGAACAAAGAAGGAUAACAAGAUAAAUGAUUCCUAUGCUGAGAUUUUGAAAGGAUUACGCUGCUACUUUGAUAAAGCAUUGCCUACAAUGCUUUUAUAUAAGAAAGAGCGAGAACAGUAUGCUGAAGAAGUUAAAGGUGACGUCUCACCCUCAACUGUAUAUGGAGCUGAACAUCUACUGCGGCUUUUUGUGAAAUUGCCAGAGUUACUUGCUUUUGUCAAUAUGGAAGAAGAUGCACUCAACAAACUACAGCAGAAGUUGCUGGACAUCCUCAAGUAUGCUACAUCUUGCUUGAGUUUCUUCAGAAGAACCAGAGCUCCUUCUUCCUGUCUGUGUACGAUGGGGUGAAAAUCAAGUAGAAUCAAAUGGUGGGAUCUGAAUGUUGUAUGUACCAUCUUUUGCUGGACUUGUACUGCGUAGGUAAUGUAGUUUGUGUGUGUUGUUUGAUAAUGGAUGCGAUGAAAACAUGCACUGUUUGUCAGCUGCAAUUAAUGCCGCGUAGAAUCAGCUGCUGAAGAGAAUUGCUGUAAUCAAUCGCUGCUCUUGUUCACUUGAGCAUUGCUUUA